CACGAGAGCCCGCCGGCGCUGCGCAACGGCCACGCGCACACGAUCUUCGCCGCCAAGUGCCGCUUCACGGCGCGCGUGACGUACGCGCGCGAGUUCAUCGACACGCCCGACGGCGGCACGCUCGCGCUCGACGUCGUUGUGGGAGCGGACGAAGACGACGUGAGCCGCAAUCCCUCCGGCGCGACCUUCGUCAAAAAUUCCGCCACCACCUCUGACGGCGCGCCGUUCCUCGUGCUCCUGAGCGGCCUCGGCGGCGGUUCGCAGGACACGUACGUGCGCGGGCAGGCGGCCGCGGCGCACGCGCGGGGCUGGCGCGUCGCCGUGCUCAACAUGCGGUCCUGCGCCGAGUCGCCCGUGACGUCGCCGCGCUUCUUCUCCGCGCGGCGCGGGUCCACGGACGACGUGCGCGCGGCCGUCGACCGCAUCCGGGAGACCUACGGACCGUCGCGGCUCUGCGCCAUCGGCUGGUCCAACAGCGGCACCAUCGUGGCCAACGCCCUGGCGGAGCAGGGCGACGCCGCCGGCCUCGACGCCGCCUGCUGCCUCGCGGCGCCCCUCGACAUGCCGACGUCGUCCGCGAAUUUGGAGAAACCGUUCCACAGGAACGUCUACGACCGGUCCAUCGGCGGCUCGCUCGCGGAGAAGGUGCGCGGCGCCCGGGACCUCUUCCUCGACGACGCGGGCCGGCCCACGGCCGUGCCCGCCUGGGGCGGCGGCACGUUCGUCGCGGACGUCGACCGCGCGGCGGCGGCGUCGACGAUCCGCGACGUCGACGAGGCCAUCACGGCGCCCUGCUUCGGCUUCGAGACCGUCGACGCCUACUACGCCGACGCGUCCGCGGACCAGCGCGUCGCGGCCGUGGCGAAGCCCCUGCUCGUGGUCAACGCCGCGGACGACCCCAUCGCGCGGUUCACGACGAAGCGCGGCGUCUUCGACUUCGACGCGCUGGCCGCGAACCCGAACGUCGUCGCGGCCGUCACGGCCCACGGCGGCCACCUGGGCUGGUGCGACGCGGCGGCGCCCUGCGGCCCGCCGAGUUGGCUCCAGGAGAACGCGCUCGACUUCCUC